UACUACAUUGUCUUGUAACGAGUCAACAUGAACCAGUGGAGAGGUAAAGUUGUUGUCGUGACUGGAGCGAGUUCCGGGAUCGGUGCUGCAAUAUGCAGAAAACUCGUGGAAGAAGGAUGCGUGGUGGUCGGAUUGGCGAGGAGGUUAGAAUUGAUGCAGCAGUUGGCUGAGAGUGUCGAAGGAAAACCUGGUAAGAUUCACGCGCUGAAAACCGACAUGACCGUCGAGGAGGAGAUCAAAGCUGCCUUCGAAUGGAUUUCUUCAAACGUCGGACCCGUUCACGUCCUCGUGAACAACGCAGGUGUGAUGAAUUGCACCAACUUGGUGAUGGGCGAGACUUCGAAGUGGAGGCAGGUUCUCGAGACGAACGUUCUCGGUCUUUGCAUCGCCACCAGAGAGGCCAUCCAGAUCAUGAAGAAGAACAACGUCGAGGGUCACAUUGUCAACAUAAAUAGCGUUGCUGGACAUAAACAGGUUUAUCUGCCCAUGACCAAUCUGUAUUCGGCGAGCAAACACGCCAUCACCAAUUUGACGGAGAUGUUCAGGUUGGAGAUGAUAGCUGAAAACAUCCGGGUUAAAAUCACAAGUCUAAGUCCUGGAUUGGUGGAGACGGACCUUCUUCACCACGAUCACCUUGCGGAUAUAAUCAAGUCCUUUCCAAUGUUAAAGUCGGAGGACGUAGCCAAUGCCCUCAUCUACAUCCUAUCCACUCCACCAAACGUCCAGGUAAGCGAAUUGACGAUAAAACCGUACGGGGAGAUGCAGUAAUAUCACAAAUAACAGAAAUAAUAUAUUGUAAUUAUUGAAAAUGUAAUAAUCACAAAUAAAAAUUAACAGAU